AUGGAAAACAACGCUGAACACUUGGAUGAUCUGUUCACCCCAUUCGAUUACGCCCAGAAUGCGCUAGAGACGCCGGCGACGGAGCACUUCCCGACCUCCGAUGGAAUAGCUUGGAAUGACUGGACACCAGGUCUCGAGCCAACAGCGUCUUGGGACAACCAUAAUGGACUCGAUCCCCAAGUAGAUUCCGUUGGGAAUUCUACAUUCGGCUUUAAUGAGCUGCUAGCACACCAAGGCCCUAAUGGCUUUGAACAAAUAACUGGCUACGACUUUCCCGUCGGAGAACAGCUGUCUGAGCUCACUGAAUUUGACAAUAAUGAAACACCAAACGAUUUCACCAAUGUCAGUCUCUGGUUGAAUGGUGCAUAUUGUCCACCUGUACCCUGUAGCCAUUGCAGAGUGAACCGGCUACAAUGCCUGAUUAUCCAGACUACACCGGCGAAUCCUAACCCGGUCACUUCGUGCUCCAGCUGUGUUGCGCUCUUCCGAGAAUGCAGCCUCGCCCGGGGAGAAAAACGCCAACCAGCAGGGUUCGAGACUGUGACACCAGUCCUUGGUCAUCUCCAUGGGGUUACGGAGCAAACAGACGAAGGACAGCCUGACCAGAUACAGGCACCGGGCGAUCAUGCCAAGGAUAAUGAUGGCUACUCACGAAGCAACACCGGUCUUAAUAGACAGAAUUUCUCGAGAAAAGGCGCGAAAAUUCUGAGGGACUGGUACUACCAGCACCAGGAAUACCCAUAUCCCUCUAAUGAGCAAAAAGCCGAACUUGCUCGUGAGACCGGCUUCACCAGGAAGCAGGUAUCGGAUUGGUUCACGAAUGCACGAAGACGUCAGAAGCAGACAAUGCAAUUCUCCAGACCAGUCCAGGUCUUCCGAGCUGGCUCACCCAUGCCGACUAGUGGGACCGAAUCGUUGACACCUCUGGAGAGGUGGCAGCAAUCGCCACCAGAGGACGAGCCCGUGCCUGAAUCGGCCAUUCAAAACGCAAUCGCAUCAACAUCCGGUGAUAUGUCCCGGUCAAGCUGGAAUAACUCGCACGCGGGAGAUGAUAUCUUUCAACAUAGCGCAGACGAUGUCACAUCUGCGUCCAGCGUCGGGAGUAGAAAUUCCUACGCAUCCUCGGACAGUGCUGCAUGGAGCUAUCAUUCCGGAGAGAGCAUGCCUUUCCCGCUUAUUUCUAGGAAAUCAUCCAAUAGAUCCCGAAAGAAACGGACGCGGCUCCAAUCAUCACAAAAAGAGCGUCGAUACCAGUGUACAUUUUGCACUGACACAUUCGCAACGAAAUACGACUGGAAUAGACACGAAAAAAGCGUGCACUUAUCGCUAGUGUCUUGGAUCUGUGCCCCAAAACUUCCAGAGACCUGGCGGAUAAACGAGCGACAAGCAGAACCAACAUGCAAAUUCUGCAACACACCCUCUCCAUCGAUGUCCCACAUCGAGAUACACGAGUUCGACGUUUGCGCCACAAGACCCCAAUCCGAGCGCACGUUCAGUCGCAAAGACCACCUCUGGCAGCAUCUACGCAAAUUUCACCAUUGCACGAAACUGCCCAACGUGGAUGUCUGUCGGACAGAGUCUAACAAUGUACAUAGCCGGUGCGGAUUCUGUGGUGCGGAUUUCCAAACAUGGUCUGCAAGGGCAGAUCAUUUGGCGGAACACUUCAAGAGUGGCGCCCGGAUGGAUCAGUGGACUGGCGAUUGGGGAUUGGACCCAUCCGUGCUAGCAGCGCUGAAGGAUGCGAUGCUGCCGGGUGAUCGAGCUGGACCGGGAUAA